AUGCUGCCUCCAAGAACUAGCAAUACAAAUACAACCAGUAAUGUCUCGAGAAAUGAAAGCCAUCAAGUUACAGUUGGCAUUCCCGCUGCUAAAUUUCAUGAUUAGACAAGAAGUUUGAAUUCAAAUAUAAAUGUAUCUGGGUUUAAUGUUGCUUGCUCUGUUAAUUUUGAAGCAUAAAAAUAAUAGUAAACUCAUUGUACUAAUUCAAAGCCUUAUCUAAGCUUUAGAUCACAGUCACAGUAAAAUAGACUUCGUAAUGAGAUAUCUGCUUCUGUAAAUACACAAGCAUCAAAUCAGAGUAUAUAUUAAACAGAAAAAAUUCUUAGCUAAUUUCCUAUGUAAAAUCUUAAGCCAGUUAUUGCAAAUAAUCUCAAAUAAAUGAACAAAUCUCCUUAAUUGAUUUAAACUAAAGACUACAACAUGCAGUAGAAAUCUGUCGAACAGUUCAUGAUGAUGCUGAACGGCUAUAUAAACUAGAAAAAUCACAGAGUGCCUAUUACCUCCAAUAUUUCCUCUCAGCACUCUACUUUAAUGGCUAAGCUGCCUGAUUUAUCGCUUGAUAAUUUAGUAACAAAAGACUAGAAGUAAAAACAGAGAAUUAUUUAAAAAUCUAGUCUUGCCUCAAUUCUUAACAAUGGAUUAAAUGCCUAGCAAGCUGAGAUCUAUAAUCAUAAGAAAUUCCAAAACAGAAAUCUUCUAAACUCCAGACUCGCAACAUUUUAAAAGCCUUAUCCUACAUAGAAAGAAACUGCUGUACCGCUAAUAAACUAGAAUAAAUACAUUAACUCCCUAACUGAAAGAUAAAGCAAUCCUGAUAUAUAAUUUCAAGAUUUGUAGAUUAUUAAGUAACUACAAAUCUAAGAACCUCAAGUUAAUAGUAACUAAUAUGUACUCAAGAUGCAUAGAAAUCUUUCUGGCAACAAUAGAAGUGAUAAUUAGUCCUUUAAUCUGGUUCAAUCUAAUAAAACAUCCAAUAAAAUUAAUCAUCAAGAACAAUUAAACCUAAAUCAACUCAGUGGUGAAUUGACCUAAACGUUGACUCAAGCAUUGGCAAAUAAAAGAUCAGCUUUGAUUACCAACUACAACUAUACUAAUUCAAAUGUAUCUAACAAUAGACUAAUGGAAAUGAUAAAAAAUAAUGAUAAAAUAGUAAAAGUUGAUCAGAGCAUAGGUUUAGAUUACAACAAUUGCGAAAGAAGCUAUAAUAAAAUAAGUCACAUUAUUUUCAAUGAGAAGUUUGUUCAUAAACCCGCCUAAGAUGAAAAGCCUAAUGAGUUUAGAUUAAAUAAUGAAACAGAUAUCUAAUCUGGAGAUCAAUCCUUCAUUGAUGGUGGAUGCAUUUAUGAAAUAGAAAGAUAGGAUUGCUGA